UGGUUGAAAAUGGCUGGUUCCAAAAGUGGCGACAGAGAGAGGGCGUUUUAAAGCGAAAGCAUAGCUUAAAGCAUAACUGAGAAGGCAAAGGAGUGAAGGCAAGAGUGGAAGGUAGAGUAGCAGAUCCAAUCGUGUGCGGCAAUGCCUCACCGUAACAAUCCUGCGUCUCUGCCCCUCGUCGUCACCCUAAACUGCAUCGACGACUGUUCUCUCGAGCUCCAAUCCCUCGCUGGCAUCGCCGACGUCGAGCAUGUUCCCCUCAGCCGCCUCUCCGAAGGCAAGAUCGAGUCUGCUGCCGCGGUCCUCCUGCACUCCCUCGCCUACCUCCCGCGCGCCGCCCAGCGCCGCCUCCGUUCCUACCACCUCAUCCUCUGCCUCGGCUCCGCCGACCGCGCCGUCGACUCCGCCCUUGCCGCUUACCUCGGCCUUCGCUUCGUCCAUGUCGACACCUCGCGCGCCGAGGAGAUCGCAUACACCGUCAUGGCGCUCUUCCUCGGCCUCCUCUGCCGCAUGCACCUCCUCUCCCGCCACGCGCUCUCCGCCUCCGGCUGGCUUGGUUCCGUCCAGCCUCUCUGCCGUGGGAUGCGCCGCUGUCGCGGCCUUGUUCUCGGCAUCGUCGGAAUCUCCGCGUCGGCUAGGUCUUUGGCCACUCUCAGCUUGGCCUUCAAAAUGAGCGUGCUCUAUUUUGAUACUCAAGCAGUAAAAGGAAAAGCAAAGUUCCCUCCUGCAGCACGAAGAAUGGAUACUCUUAAUGAUUUACUUGCUGCAAGUGACCUUGUAUCACUCCAUUGUGCUUUAACAAAUGAAACAAUACAGAUUAUUAAUGCCGAAUGUCUUCAACAUGUGAAGCUUGGAGCUUUUCUUGUAAAUACGGGCAGUAGUCAGCUUUUGGAUGAUUGUGCUGUAAAACAGCUCUUGAUUGAUGGAACCAUAGCUGGAUGUGCUUUGGAUGGUGCAGAAGGGCCCCAAUGGAUGGAAGCAUGGGUGAAGGAGAUGCCUAAUGUGUUGAUACUUCCCCGAAGUGCAGAUUACAGUGAAGAGGUUUGGAUGGAGAUAAGGGAGAAAGCGAUAUCCAUAUUACAAACAUUCUUCAUUGAUGGAAUUAUUCCGAAGAAUGCCAUGUCAGAUGUGGAAGAAGAGAGUGAGGUUGACAAUGAAAGCGAACAAUCUGAUCAGCAAUACAAAGAAAAUGCUCUCCAGAUUAUUGUUAGAGAGCAAACAGAUGAUGUUCACUUAAGUCCUGAUAGUUCCCAAAAGAAAGGAAGUACUCAAGUGAAAGAGUCUUCAUCCCAACUUCAGGUUUCAAGUUUGUCUCAUAGUACCUCUGCUAGGUCUGAAGGAAGGCGUAGCAGGUCAGGUAAAAAGGCCAAAAAAAGGCAUACCCGUCAAAAGUCCCAACAAAAACCAGAAGAUCCUUCUGCACUGGAGAAAGAAGGCACGUCUCAGAGAGAUGACACUGCUAUGAGUGGCACUGAUCAAGCUUUGAGCUCCAGCUCUGAAGAUUCAAGAAGUAGAAAAACUCCAAUAGAAAUGCAAGAACCAACUAGUUCUCAAGUAAAAUCAAGUGUGAGACUUAGUGGAAACUGUACUGAACUAUUGAGAGAUGGAUAUGUUAUAGCACUGUAUGCUAGAGACCGCCCUGCCCUUCAUGUUUCAAGGCAAAGAGUUAAAGGUGGAGGUUGGAUCAUGGAUUCCAUGUCUAAUGUGUCAAAAAGAGACCCUGCUGCACAGUUCCUUAUCAUCUUCAGAAGCAAGGACACAAUUGGAUUGCGAUCUCUUGCUGCCGGUGGUAAAUUAUUGCAGAUCAAUAGAAGAAUGGAGUUUGUAUUUGCUAGUCAUAGUUUUGAUGUUUGGGAAAAUUGGACACUAGAAGGUUCCUUACAGGAAUGCAGACUGGUGAACUGCAGAAACCCAUCAGCUGUUUUGGAUGUACGCGUUGAGAUAUUGGCAACUGUAGGCGAAGAUGGAGUCACUCGUUGGAUUGAAUAGAGAAUGAUUCUAGGUCUGUAAUACUCAAAAAGGAGCUUGUAAAUUACUCCUGUCACGUGAUUUGAUGAUCUUUCAAAUGUUUCUUUGUCAAAGAUUGGAAUGUAUUUAUAGUGUAGAGCAUAACUUUUUCUUCUUCUUUUGCUUCUUUUUCUUUAUUAUUUAUUGAAGAAUUUCAUGAGAUUUCAUUUUGUAUGCA